CACCAGAGCUCCUGCUCCCUAACUUUGGGUAGCUCGAUCUGGAAGAUUGAUGGCGGAAUGGGAGGUGAGAGGGACCUGAGUCACGUGGACCGGGAGAGGCGGCUGGAGCAUGCGGUGGCGGUUCUGCUCCAGUCCCAAACCUUCCCUUUGCAUGGGAAAGAUCUGGAGAAGCAGCUGGAGCAACUGCUGCAGGUGAAAGGGAAAGCGCUGGCACAGGCACUGUGCCUCGAGGAGUCGCCCUUUCGCCACUUCGCCUCCGACGAAAGCGGCGGCGGCGGCUCCGCGCGCCUCGCCGCGCUGGUGGCGGCGGCAGAGGACUACGCGGCGGAGCUGCGGCAAGGCUUCAAGCAGCGGAUCCUGGCGCAGUAUGGGACGCUGCCGCAGCUGGCCUUCAGCUUCAAGAAGUCCAUCCCCAACGAGUCCUCCGCCUCCAACGGCGUGCUGCAGCUCGUGGAUCUCCGGGCGCCCAAAGGCGGCGCUGACCGCGACAAAGGCGGCGCUGGUGUCUUGGGGGCCUCCUGGGCGAGCACCCUGAUGGCGCUGCCAGGGGUAUCGUCCGAGGAGGUUUUGGCCAAUCUGCAGCUGAUUGCCGGCCAGGCCUGUCUGGAGCCUGCCCCGCAGCUGCCCCUGUCCGUGGCCCUGCCGCGCUUGGCGAAUCUGCCGGAGAGUCUGAUCUUCGACCUGCGGAGCCACAUUGCGGCGCGGUACCGCUCGGUGAGCCGCAUCUUCGAAUCCAGGGCUGUGAGCCACAAUGGGAAGCUCUCACGCGAUAGCUUUCAGCAGGUCUGGGAGGGCGUGGACGAUGACGCCGAGGAGCCCGAUGAGCUGCUGAGCCUGCUCUUCGCCGCCUGCGACUCCCGGCAGGAUGGAGCCAUCGACCAGGAGGAGCUUCAGCAGGCCUUGGCGGUGGCGGCGCCCCCCAGCGGCCUCAGUCGCAUGCGCACCCUCGCCAUCCUGCAGUUCGGGGGCUGGCGCUCCGCCUUGGGCAGCGUGGGCCUGGGCGCGGAGGACAGCAUCUCCCAAGGCCGGUUUCUGGCGCUGGCGGCGAACCUGGACGUGGCCUACGUGGAUGCCCGGAGGGUCUUCCUGUCCAUGUCCCCCACCGGGGACGCAAUCCGCAGUUCGCAGCUGGUGCAGCAGGGCGGGGACUUCAGCCUGCACGAGUUCGCCCUGCGGGUGUGGCUGGCCUGUGAGACGGGCGCCUCCUUGGCCGAUAUGGCCCGGCGCCUGCAGAUCACCGGGGAGGUGUCGCUGAGCCUGGGAUCCUUCCAGAAGGUCUGCGGCCAGGGGCUGGACUCCAGCAGCCGGGACCCCUCCAAGGACCGCCUCUCCGUGGCCCCCGGCGGCGGCGGCGGCGGCUCGUCGAGGCGGUCGCUGCCCUCGGUGCGGUGCCAGCCGGCCCUGUCUGAGGGUGAGGCCUUGGCGGCCUACGGCGCCUUCCAAGCCAAGUACCGGCAAGUGACUUUGGCCGCGGUGCGCAUGGAGCUGAGCUCCAACUCCGGCUUCUCCGACGUGCUGGCGCUCGACCGCGCCUGCGCAUCCAUGGGGGAGACCCUGGUGGUCCGGUACAGGCUGCCGCGGGAACUCCAGUCGCAGACCGGGAAGUACCCCUUCAUCGCUGUAGUGCCUUCCAGCAUGACCUGGAUGUCUGGAGGAGGUGGCUGUUGGAUGCUGAACCGCAUGCCUGUGACGGAGAUGACCGGCCCCAAGUUCUUCCUGAAGAAGGGCGAGGGCGUGAUCCGCCUGCAGGUCUGGCCCGGGGUGGCCAGCAUGGAGCUGGGCUCGGCGGAUCUCAGGAUCUUCUCCUCGCCGGAUGGGAUCUCCAUCGGGAAGCAGCUGGGCGGCUCCGCGCGGUUCGAGCUGUGCCCGGCCGCGCCCUCGCGGCUCAUGGUGGAGGAGGCCUCUGUGGGGCCCAGCAGCCUGCGCCUGGUCUGGGAGCCACCAGGCGGCAAAGAUGCCCCGAUGAAGCACAUCAUCCGCGGCCGAGCGCUGAACUUGGACGUUGAGGAGUCCACCAUGGGGGAGGAGACCCUGGGCUGGUCCCACGUGCAGAAGAAGGUGGCCAAGUUUCAGAGCCAUCACGUCUCGGGUCUGCUGCCCGGGGCGCGGUACCAGUUCCAGGUCCACGCGGUUCUGGACGUGCGGCGCAGGGCCUCCAGCGCCUCCUUGACCUCGGAGCCCACCGCCGUGUCACCCCAGGUGACGCCACGGGUUAUGUCCCCGGAGCGCUCCGUGUCCCUGGCGUCCACCGUCAGCGUUGCGUCGCCCACCGUGGAGGUGACGAUGCCCACACGCCCAGCGCCCCCACAGCCUGGGAGAGCUUUCCUGCUGAGCCAGGGGCUGGGAGGCUCCCUGACGUUGCGGUGGCACACAUCCGAGGGGGAGGAACCGUUCACGAAUGCCGCGUGGUUCGGAGUGUGCCCCUGGGACUACGAACUCUUUUGGGAUCAAGAGAAUGAAGACAAUGAGGAGAGUGAAGAGGGAGAAGCGCACAAGGAAGAGAAGAAAGAGGAUCAGGAUGAGAGCGAAAUCGCGCACUGGCCAGAUGAGGACCAAAAGCACCCGUGCCGAGUUUGGCGAUACCCUUAUCCCUUCUGGAUCCGAAAGUUGCCGGGGGGACUUAUUGAGUGCCUGGUGCAUCCCCCGGCGGGCGACUCGGCACGCUGGGCGGUACGUGCCGUGGACGCGGUCAGCGGGGAGGUCUCCGUGCUCGGGGAUCUGAGUCUGCCAGUGCCACUGCCCUCGCUCGCAGAGGCCUUGCUCAGGGAGGAGGAGGCGCCCUUGCAGAAGUUGGGCGAGGCGGCGGUGGCGGCGGGGGGCUGGGCGCGGUACCUGGAGGAGGCGGAGGACAAAGGCCUGCUGGGCACCGGCGACCAAAAUGGCCUCGACCUGCGCCGGAAGCUCUUCGCCAAGGUGGAGGAUGCCGGAGGUGUGCAGAAGGUGGUUGAAGCCUUGGAAGAUCUGAACAUGGAGACCUUUGUGCCGGGCUGCCAGGUGAUGAAAGCCAUCCAGGACACCGGGCGACUGGACUCAGACUCCUGGCAGAAGGUGGUGAAGUUGGUGGCCGGCGCCGGGGGCGCGGAGGCCUUGCACAGCAGCCUGCAGGGCAUCGAGCUGGGGGACGUCGUUGGGCACGCCCAGGAGCUGGCAGCCCUCGGGAUCUUCGAGGGUCAGAGCCAGGACCAUACGUUGCGGGACGCCUUGCUGGGGCCAGGCGCCGAACGGCGCAUGCCCAGCUUGUUCGCCAAGAUCCAGGAGUCGCUGGCCGGAGUGGCGUUGAACGAGCACCAGGUCUUCGACCUGUCCAAUGCAGUGGGCAUCAUGGCGCGCGCCGGAAGUGUGACCAAGAUCACUUGGUCGAAGCUGGUGGACGCAGUUGCGCAAGAGGGAGGCCCAGGGCGUCUGGCACCAUUGCUACAAUUCGCAGCAGGCCACUGCAAAGAGCUGGCCGCGGCCAUGCGCCAGUCCCACCUCGACGCGACAGGCCUCAUUGGCUUCCUGGCGACUGCAGGUGAUGCUGAGUUCAUCGGUGCGUCGUCCGACAGCGUGAUUCGGCAGGAGUUUCUAUCAAAGCUUGCGGAUGCCGGUGGUGCUUCUGUUCUGUUCAGCUCGCUGCAGGGAGUUGACUUGAAGGCGCUGCGGCCCGCGCUGCUGAUGGCCCGCGCCGCGGGGCUGCACAAGGAGUCCUGCUUGCAGGCGACGGCAGGUAGCAUCUCCAGGGCGGAUGCCUGGCACAUGGUGGUGGAGCACGUGGAGAGCAAGUGGGGAGGCCCACAGGCAUUCUUGGCGGCCAGCAAUGAGCUGGCAGAGACGCACAAGGCGGGUGCCCUGGAACGGCGGGAGGAGUUCAUCUUCGAGGGCCUGGUGGAGCAGACCGGGGGCAGGGCCGCGGUGACGGAGCUGCUGAACAUCGUUGCCAGUGCCGGCGGGGUGCAGCACGUGCUCAAGGCCCUGGGCCCCGUUCAGCUCUCGCAGGUUUGCAAUUUCCUGGAAGCUUUGCGGCGCGGAGGCGGACGCUUUCAGGAUCUGCUCAAGCUCUCGAGCUUGGCUGCAGAGGCCGGAGGACUGACACGACUGGUCCGCACCAUGGAAAAGGUCCAGGAUGCCAGCAAGCUGUCUGAGGUGGUCGAAUAUGGGGAUUCAUUCCACAGGCAAGGGCUGACUGGCCAAGCAGAGCAAGAGCCGGAGAAGCACGCGGAGCUGCUCGCAAAGGUGCUGGCAGAGACAAACCCGAGCAAGUUUCUGAAGGCCUUCGAGAACGUGCGCCUGUCCUCGGUGGUCAGUCUCCUGCCGCUGCUGAUCUCCGCCGGCAUGCUGCGCAGCAAGGGCCAAGCCCAGACCGAGGAGGAGGUGGCGGCUGCUGGGGAAUCCAUGCUGAGGUGGCUGUCGCGUGCAGGUGGAUCCUUUCUGGUCAGCGCCAGCGUAUACCAAGUGGAAGCACGGUCAUUCUUGAAGCUCAUGGAGCAGGUGAACGGCACCGGGCUUGGGAGGCUGCGGCCGAACAGCAUGGUAAAGGUGGGCGCCUGGCUGUCCUCUCUGGCCAAACGCAGUGGCUCUUUGGAGAACUUCGUGGCCAUGGUUGGGGAAUUCGACCUGGUGGAGGUUGUAUCAUGCCUGAACGCCCUCCGCACAGGCCCAGGCGAUGGUGCCAGAGGCGACUCCGGCGAGGAGGAAGUGCCCUUUGCCCCUGGGCCCUCUACGCCGGAAGAAGCAAAGGUCGUGCAGGAGGUGCUUGAGGCCAUGCUGGACAUCGCUGCGCGGGACGGCUUGGGUGGAAUCCACCGGCUCGUGGAGAUGUUCCGCAAGGUGGACUGCUUGGAACGUCUUCAACGAGGUGUGGAGCUUCUGGACUCCGCCAGGCUUCUUAAGCCCAGACCCACGGGCGAAGGUGAAGGAGAGCGGCCACCAGACUCAUGGCAGCUGGCGGCGGAAUUUGAGCCCUGGACUCACUUGGUGAGCCUGGUGAACAGCUUGGGGGGGGCCGCCAGCUUCGCCCAGCGGGUGGAGGCGGUGAACCUGCAGCACUUCGACGAGUGCCUGGAAAUCCUGAAUGCCGCCGGCCUGACGAGAAAGUCCAUGAAAUUCGAGGACAGCGGACCGUCCACGGAGCUUAUUGCCAGAUGGAAGGAGGUGGUGAGCGUGCUGGCCAACAAUGGGGGUCCAGCACUGUUUUUGGACAGCCUGCAAGGUAUCGCCGUGGAGGAUUUUCUGCGGAUGACUGGUCUACUGCGGCGAGCCGGGUUGGCGCGGCGCCUGGACAGCGAGGAUGAGGCGGAGAGGCCAAGCUUCGAAUACGGCUAUGGGGAGAGCGGAGGCCGCAUCCGGAACGACAUGCUGCAAGACUUCGUGCAGAGAGUGAUUCAGGCCGGGGGGUUCCACGCCUUCUGGCACGCGCUGAAGGGGGUGGACCUCACAAAGCUGAAGGGGGACCUGCACUGCCUGGCGGUGAUCCGGCGGAAGCUGGAGGACCUCAUCGCGGAGGACUGGUGGCUUGCUGUACAUGAUGCAGAAGGGCUGGAGGAGCUUCUGCACUCGCAUCUCUCCGAGAGGAAGCGGCGAGGGGAUGAUCUCACCUUCGGGCAGAGGAAGCGGCUGGUGAAGCGCUUCAAGGAGGUGGGCGGUGUGGAAGAGUUCCUGAAUGGGUUCGACAAGAUCAACCUGGCGCAAAUGCUAGAGCAGCACAAGGCCUUGCGGGAAGCACGCAUCAAGGAUGUCUCCGUCAUCGAGUCUUUGGCGCAAAUCGGCGGGCUUGUGAAGAACCAGGUGGACCACCUGGACGGGCUGCAGUCCGUGGCGGCGACGCUGGUGCGAUGGGGAGACCGGCACUAUCGCGGCGAAGAGCCCGUGAAGCUAUGGAGGGCAAUGCACCAGCAAGUGACCUGGCUGCUGUCCGCCAUCGAGGAGAAUGGAGCCUUGCUCAAGGCUACGCUCAACAAUGGCAGCAAACAUCCGGGGAAAGAGCCGGAGCUGACGCCUGCACGCCUUGCGCAAUUUCUGCAAGCCUUGCGGCCCCUGGGAGGUGUGCCCGGGUUCCUGUCGGCCUUCCGGGGCCUGGACUUCGCCACGGCGGCCGCGCAGGCCCGUGUCUUGCACGACGCCUGCGUGCGGAGUGCAGAGACCACCAAGCGCCUGGCGGGCAUCUACAAGCUCCUGAAGUUCAACCCCUCUCAGCUCCGGGGCUUGGAGCAUUUCCUGCGCGGCUUCGGGGGCCCAGUCUUCGCAGAGGCGCAGACGCAAGGCGGCACGCCGCAGGAUCGUUUACUGGUAGCUCAGCGCUGGCAGUGUCUGACCAACUUCUUGAGCCAAGCCGCCGGGCGAGAUUUGCAAGCGCCUUGCGAGGACUCGUCUGGCCCAGACCACGUUUUGGAGGUGGUGCAACUGGGCCUCCGCCUGAGCGAGGCUGGUGGCCUGAAAGCGAAACCGCAGGACUGGGAGCAGCUAUGUGGCGAGAUCAAAGAGACAGGCCUUGAUGAGGUGGCGGCGCGGAUGCGAAGUCUCGCCAAGGAGCGGCGCUGCGCGCCGGAGCCGGCCCCGGAGCCGGUGCGCCGCACCGAGCGCGAGCGCCUGGAGCGCGCGGAGCGCCUGGAGCGCGCGGCCUCCGCGAGCUCGCUGAUCACGCAGCGGCUGCCGUGCCUGGAAGAAGGCGAGGAUGAGUCCUUCCCCCUGCCGCGCCGCGCCCGGCCCCAGUCGGCCGCGCGGGCGCGGCCAAACGCAGCGGAAGCCUUCAGGACCCCAACUCUUCCGGGAUGGUCUCAGCUGAUGUGUCACUGAACGGCAAUGUCCGUUGUGAGACUUCCAGACCUCCACUGCUCUUCUUGUUU